GUGCCUUGUUUCGUUUUCAGUGCGAUCGCAGACAUUGUGCAAAACGGUUCACAGUUCUCUCCGCUCGUCGUGAAGUGAUCGUCGCUGUUGCUGUUUCUGUGGGAGUGCACUGAAAGAAGCCGGGGAAAUUGUGUCAAAUUAAUUGAAAGCGAAGCCCAGAGUCGCGUCACAAGUCUCCACCGAGCGGCAAGCAUUUGAGGCAGCUUUAUCAAUUUCGGGCGUUUCUUCGGAGGCUCGACACAUACGCACACACACACACACACACACGCACUGACCAGUCGCCAAUCGGAACGAGAUUCGCACCGAGGGUCGCUUCAACCAUGGAUAGCGUCAAGUCUUUCUUCGCCAGCUCCACCAAAGAUGGAAACCUGACCAACAGCAGCCGUCAGUCUAGUGUGGCUGGGAAUGUUCCCAGCAGCCGCUGGGGACGCAGCUGGAGCACCAGCUCGCAGCACACUGACCCGGAACCCGGUUCCGGAUCCAACACUGGGGCCAGCAAGAGCGGAAAUCCGUGCGAUGUGAAGCGCAAGGACAGUGAUAACUACUUUUACAUCAUGUGGCGCGCUUGAAGAUUACCAGACGAGUGUGGAUCUGAGCAGCAGUGUGCCGCCGCCAGCAUAGCCAUUUCGUCGUCGUGAUCCAUAUACUAUAUCUAAAGUGACCUGCAGGA